AUGAAGGCGUUGGCGUUUAUCGACAACGGAUCCGAUACCACGUUGCUCAUCAAACGAUUCGCCGUAAACCACAACAUCACAUCCCGACCAUCUUCACUGACGAUCAACACGGUGAACGGCACCAAGGUGAUGUCCGCCGAUCAAGCAAACGUGACGUUGCUUUCACUAAACAAUGGGGAACGAGUAGAGGUGACGGAGGCUUUGACCAUCGCCGACUUGCCGAUGCGAGCAGUGGAACCGAUCGGGGAAUUAGCAACGCGCUGGGCUCACCUACGAAACGUGUGUUUCAAAAAAUACGAACCUCCUGAAGUCGAUUUGCUAAUAGGGUGUGACGUGCUCGAAGCACACUGGGUCAUGGACCAGAGACCGGGCGGCAGGAAAGAACCAUAUGCUGCUCACACCAUGUUCGGGUGGACGUUGUUCGGACGGCCUCACGCGACAAAUCGUUUUGUUGAAACUUUCGGAUCCAAUUUCGGCUACGCGUUACUCGUUGAUCUAUUCGGGAGAAACAGCGGGUUACGCACGAAGGAACAAACCGCGCUGGAAACCCAGGAUCUGCAAAGCCCUGGAAAGGAAACGGUUAGCUUGGAAAACAUACAUCAAUCUUACGAGUUUCGCCUCAUAUAG